CAUGAACUGAUUAAUUAUGUGUAAGCAUUUCUUAAUGAUAUUCUCAUGCAGAUGUAAACAAAAGGUUCAGAAUGUGAUGGUUGUUUCAAAUCAAGUUGUCACAGUCACAGUGCCUCCACCCCAGAGACGAUGGGAUUUUCUUCAGCAGGGCUGUCCUUGGUCUCUAAAGCCAGCCGUAGUUGCUGCCAGAAGACCACAGUGUGCUCCCCAGCUCUGGGCCAACUCAGGUAUGUGCGUCUCUUCCCCAGCUUCCUCAUCCGGUGGUAGGGUGACAGCUGGUGGGUUGGGAUCUCCUCCAGGAACACCAGAACCAGGACGUCCUUCUGCUCAUCAAAGAGCCGGAAGCUGGCCACCUGGAUCUCCCGGGAGCACCACUCACUCUCCAGUUCGUCUUGUUCGUUCAAGCUAACCAGCGGUUUUCCUGUCAGCGCCUAUCGUUUCCCAGCCUCUCUUUCCUCAUCCUCCUGGUUUUUGACCUGUGCCUGUCCUGACCCUGUACCCGCCCGCCUGACUUCUCUGCCUGACACUGAGCCUGCCUGCCGUCCUGUACCUUUUCGCCACCUCUGGAUUACUGAACUCUGCCUGACCCUGAGACCGCAUGCUGUUCGGUACCUUUGCCUUACCCUGGAUUUUUGACCCCUGCCUGCCUUGACCUGUCUUUGCCUGUCCCUGUUGCCACAAUAAACAUUGUUUCUUCGACAGUCUGCAUCUGGGUCUUACGUUGAUUCCUGAUAGUACGAACUGGCCAUGACUGACCCAGCAGAACUGGACCAGUUACGCUACGCUAUCUCCUCCCAAGGAGCCACCAAUGGUAGGCACGAGGAGUUGCUUCACGGUAUGAUGGAGGGGUUCCAGGCCACUGCCGACUGUCACGACCAAGAAUUUGACAUUUUGUGGGAACAAGUCUAUGGGUUGCCUUCUAGGCAGCCAACCAUAUAAAGGUUAUUCUUGGUUAAAUUCACUGUCUUCCAACUGGAGAGAGGCUGAAAGGAUGAGGAGCUGAUGGUUGCAAUGAGGUUGUUGUCCAGAUGUAGCAGGACGAGGAUGGCCCUGAAACAAAUGGUCUGCCAAGGUUGUGAGUCUGUUAUGAGCCAGACCCAGCUCCUGAAGAGCUUCUAGGUGUCUAAGAGCGCAAUCAUCCACUUGAGAGAGAUUUAGGUUUGAUAGGCCUUUAAAAUCCAACUUUACGAACUUGGAAAUCUUAUUCAUGGCCAAGUCUAAAUUGCUUACUUUCCGCUGAAUAUCUAUACGUAUGACUUCAAGAUUCCUGUUAUAGCAGAGUACUUUCAUGUUAGAGGUGUUACUGAGAUUACCCCGGAUUGUGCAGUUUUUCAGGAAGUACCCACAUACUGAAUCAGCAAGAACCCAGCAAUACAUCAGGAAACAAAGAGUCUCAGCUGAGAGAAUGUAGACCCACUGCUGACCCCAAUAAUAAAGUGAAUUUAGAAUUAAUAAAUUAUUUCUGAGGACUAAGUUCUAAAAUUCUAACUGGUACUAGCAUUUACUAAUCUCCCGCUGUUUAUGAAAUACAAAAUGCUUUGAUUGCUGCUCACCCAAACAAGUAAAUCUCUGAAACAUCAAGUUAUGCCUAAUUGCUUGGUCAAGGAAAUGUCUAAACCAGUGUUUUUGAAGACACUUCUUCGUGUCUCCUUAGUGUAAUAACAGUUUGUGUCCACUAGAUUACGUAACAUGCAAAGUUAUGUGUUAGUAAAGAAGGAUCAGGGAAUGCAACAUGAAAUUCUUAACUUUUUCAAGAGCAUACCCAUUUAGGCUCACGGCAAAUAUAGCCUAACAAAACCAACUAAUGUUCAGAUCUUUACAGAGCUGAACAUUAUAAGUGUUAUAAAUUGAUCCAUAAUGUGUAACUCUCAUGUUUGAAUUCAUUGCAUUGCCUUGGAAGAUUAUUGAGUGAGGGAGAGUUAUUUGUGAGCAGUGGUGUAAAGUACUUAAGUAAAAAUACUUUAAAGUACCACUUAAGUAGUUUUUUUGGGUAUCUUUGACUACUUUUACUUCACUAGAUUCCUUAUUAAGAAGAUAUUUUACUUUUUACUCAAUACAUUUUCCUUGACACCCAAAAAUACUCGUUACAUUUUAAAUGCUUAGCAGGCCAGGAAAAUGGUUUAAUUCAUGCACUUAUAAACAAAAAAUCCCUGGUCAUCCCUACUGCCUCUGAUCUGGCAGACUCACUAAACACACAUGCUUCGUUUGUAAAUGAUGUCUGAAUGUUGGAGUGUGCCUCUGGCUUUCUGUAACUAAAAGAAAAAAGAAAAUGGUGCCGUGUGGUUUUCUUAAUAUAAGAAAUUUGAAAUGAUUUUUACUUUGACUUUGAUAAAGUAUAUUUUAGUAAUUACAUUUACUUUUGAUUCUUAAGUAUAUUUUAAACCAAAUACUUUGACUUAUACUCAAGUAGAAUUUUACUGGCUGACUUUUACUUGAGUCAUUUUCUAUUACGGUGUCUUUACUUUUACUCAAGUAUGACAAUUGGGUACUUAUCCCACCAAUGUUUCUGUGAUGCUCUGCGAAGACAAAAACUUAAUGGAAAAGGGUUCAGUGUUUUACAAAGCAGGUAUGAGAGAAGUAUUCACAGACAUUAUGGCAGACAUCCUUAUUUGUGAGAGUCCUUAUUUGAGACAAAACUGAUACCAUGUUCUUUAUGAUGUAAUAUAACUAAUAUAGAUACUGUUUCCCUUUGUGUACUGACUUUCCCCAUGUUAUUGUUCUAUUUAUCAUGCAUACUCCAUAGACUAUAUUUGAUCCACAGGUGAAAGGAAAGGAAAUGGAAUAAAUUGAGAUAGGACAUGUCGUUCUCAUAUCAAGGUGUGUGUGCGUGCAUCCUGGCUUCAGGGCAAUUCGUAGGAUUUGGUAUGUUAAUUUUCUCCCUCCAUUUAGUAUAAUAUAUUGUGUGUGUACACACAACUAUGACAGCAUGGAGUACACCCACCGACACUGUUAGAAUACUCUAUUUUAAAGUUGGGGGAGUUCUCAUCGCUGCUACUGAGCAGAGCUCGUACCCCCACAUAUUAAAUCAACCACGCCUGGCCUCGACUAGUCCGACGGCCAUAUUGAAUGUCUUCACAAAUCGCCUUACGGUGGAUCUCAAUUGCACGAUUUUCUCACUCAUGUCCGUUCUAAAAGGCUCCACGAGAAAAUUGGAGGUGACAAGGGUACAUGAAAUAUAGUCGUUUAGUUUACAGCGUGGAUAACCUGAAAGCAUUGAAUACUCGGGAUUGUGUCGGUCUUUGAAGCCGUAGUCCUUCACCAGAGGUCCUGUGAAACAGGGAAGCUAUCCAUCCUGUGACAGUUGUCUUCUCAGUUGCUGGGUGAAGGGAGGAGAGGAGAAAAACAUGCCGAAACCGAUUAAUGUGCGGGUGACCACCAUGGACGCAGAGCUGGAGUUUGCCAUCCAGCCCAACACCACUGGCAAACAGCUCUUUGACCAGGUGGUGAAGACGGUGGGGCUUCGAGAGGUCUGGUUCUUCGGACUGCAGUACGUGGACAGCAAGGGUUACAGCACGUGGCUGAAGCUUAAUAAAAAGGUGACAGCCCAGGAUGUAAAGAAGGAGAACCCUCUGCAGUUUAAGUUCCGGGCCAAGUUCUUCCCUGAGGACGUGUCUGAGGAGCUGAUCCAGGAGAUCACACAGAGACUCUUCUUCCUGCAGGUGAAAGAGGCCAUUUUGAACGAUGAGAACUACUGUCCCCCGGAGACUGCCGUGCUGCUGGCAUCCUACUCUGUCCAGGCCAAGUACACCGACUACAACAAAGACAGCCACAAGCCUGGCUACCUCACCAACGACAGACUGCUUCCACAGAGAGUCCUAGAGCAGCACAAGCUCACCAAGGAGCAGUGGGAGGACCGGAUACAGACCUGGCAUGAGGAGCACCGAGGCAUGCUCAGAGAGGACUCUAUGAUGGAGUACCUGAAGAUAGCUCAGGACCUGGAGAUGUACGGAGUCAACUACUUUGAGAUCAAGAACAAGAAGGGGACAGAGCUGUGGCUGGGAGUGGACGCCCUGGGACUCAACAUCUACGAACACGAAGACAAACUGACACCAAAGAUCGGCUUCCCUUGGAGCGAGAUCCGAAACAUCUCCUUCAACGACAAGAAGUUUGUCAUCAAACCCAUCGACAAGAAAGCUCCAGACUUUGUGUUCUACGCUCCACGGUUGCGGAUCAACAAGCGUGUCCUGGCUCUGUGUAUGGGGAACCACGAGCUGUACAUGAGGAGGAGGAAGCCUGACACCAUCGAGGUGCAGCAGAUGAAGGCCCAGGCCAGAGAGGAGAAACACCACAAACAGCAGGAGAGAGCCCAGCUGGAGAACGAGAAGAAGAAACGAGAGCAUGCAGAGAAAGAGAAGGAGAGAAUAGAGCGAGAGAAGGACGAGCUGAUGAAGAGACUGAGGCUGAUCGAGAACCAGACGAUGAGGGCCCAGGAAGAGUUGGAGGAGCAGACACGCAGGGCCCUGGAGCUGGAGCAGGAGAGGAAGAGAGCCAGGGAGGAGGCGGAGAGGCUGGAGAGGGAGAGACAGGCAGCGGAGGAGGCCAAGGCAGAGCUGGCCAGGCAGGCCGCUGACCAGAUGAAGAACCAGGAACAGCUGGCCGCUGAGCUGGGCGAGUUCACCGCCAAAAUAGCCCUGCUGGAGGAAGCCAAGAGGAAAAAGGAAGAGGAGGCCACUGAAUGGCAGCAGAAGGCCAUCUCAGCCCAGGACGACCUGGAGAAGACCAAGGAGGAGCUGAAGACUGUGAUGACGAUCCCGUCGACACCAGCGGGCGGCUCCACGGAGAGCGAGCACGAGGAGCAGGACGAGAACCACGCUGAGGACGCCGCCGAGCUCUCCCUGGAGGGCGUGAGCGCCCUGGACCUGCGCAGUGAGGAGGAGCGCGUCACCGAGGCCCAGAAGAACGAGCGUCUCAAGAAGCAGCUGCAGGUGUUGAGCUCGGAGCUGGCUGAAGCCAUAGACGAUACCAUGAAGACCCAGAAUGACAUGCUUCACGCGGAGAACGUGAAGGCCGGGAGAGACAAGUACAAGACCCUACGUCAGAUCCGCCUGGGCAACACCAAGCAGCGCAUCGACGAGUUUGAGUCCAUGUGAUCUGUUCUGGGUUCCCCCAUCCGUUCGUUGGCGACUCGCUUUUCGCCAAAACAACAGGCGCUGUCCCUCCUACACUCCCCCCUUUUCCCCGUACCCAUACCCGCAAAGGUUCCAGAGGGCACGGCCGCCACCGCCUCAAACUUUGCCAAAGCUCUGCCCGCAUCUCCAUCAGGAAUCGGGCGCAAGCAACGCUUUGCACCGUUCCGAAAGUGGUAUUCUCCUUGUAUUGCAAAGAAUGCGUCUGUGCUUUGCUUUCAAAUAUCUAAUGUGGAGACACAAGAAAAACCAAAAUGGGAAAGAUUGGAUUUUUAAGCGAACAGGGCCAUGGGAAGCUUUGUUGUUCUUGCCAGAAAGCUAGUAUGCAAUGCUUUAGUAUUACUGACUCGGUUGUCUUCAACUGAACGUAUUGAUGCUGUCUGGUACUUUCAAAACCUUUUUGCUUUUGUUCUGAUCUAUGGUUCUGACACGUUUUAUUGAAGCCCUGUUUGUUAAGUUCUCUGUUCUCAUUGUUAACUUUGAAGGUAGAUUGGUCCGAGGCUGGUAGAGGCUUGUGUUAGGGGCUCGAUCCAUUCAGUUAUGUUGUGAACAAUUUUCAAAACAUUUCAUUGUUUUAAAAGAAAUGAGCCUAUGGGUAACGGGGUUGACGUGUUAUGCUCGACCCACUGUCUUCUACCACAAAAUGGCCAAAAAGAGUGGAACAAGCUCUCCUGCUUUUACACUAUGAUUUGACGAUUAGAUAUUCAAUGUUUUCUAUUGUAGAAAAAUACAUUUAGAAAGGAAUAUUUUCACCAUAUUAAAGUGAGAGUUCAGUUGUCGUAACAGGGUUGACCUUAAUGAGAGACCAGGUUUUUUUUGUAACCUUAAAAUGAAUCACUAAUCGCAUGAAAUAAAGUCUUCAGAAAUGACUUUGUCAAAGCAACAAAAUAACUAUUGCUUAACAAUGAUGGUGAAAACCUGGAGAAACUGAUGUUAACUGGGUUAAAGUCUCCCGGGAAGUCGGAGGCGAGUGACGAAUUUUGCCACUAAGUCUUUAUUCAUAUAAAAAUCAGAUUUAUUGAAUUUACCAUGUGGUUUAUAUUAAAGGGCACUUCAUUUGAAAAGAACAGGCUUUUAAAAUGUCUAUAUUGAUUCACCAUUUCUACUUAAAAUAUCAAAGGGAUGCAAAAGGAAGUCAUUUUGUGGAACGACCCUACUAUCUAGACUCUGAGCAUCAGUGCAAAGCCACUACACCAGUCUUGAGGAGAGGUGUGAGGCUUGAUGUCAUACUGUUGUAGUGAAACACAUUUGGUCUGAGAUGAGCUGAUAGUAUGAUGGAGAUAAGCUAAAUGGUUAGGUGCGUCUGCGACAGACAUGUAGGAAGAGAGAGCGAAAGCUGUUAGUUUAGCUCCUGUGAGCUGACUCCUAAUGUUUCAUGUCCAGUCACCAUAGAUGGUUUCCUCUGCCUACCAGCUCACAAAGGCCUGGAAAAGACAGAGAUGCUUAAGUGUUGUGAGAGUGCCAGUAUUGUCUGUCUGCAUAGUAGUAACUUUUGAACAGGUAUACCAUGGUCUUUCUGGCUGGAGAGCCCAUGAAAACGUCAGUCCUCAUCGGAGAACAGAGCUCUACCUCAAUACUGUAACCAUGGUGACUGACCAAACAAACACUCGGUCUCAAAUCCCCUCCCACAGAUUGAGUUUUGACUGUGGCUUGACUAGUUCAGACUAGGAGGCGAUGUAGCUUUAUUGGUUAACAUUUCAACUGAAAUGAGUGCUAUUUUUAUGCCAGAUGUACUUUCAAGCGAUGACGCAUUGAAGUGUCACUAGUGGAGACAAUUGAUUAAAAAAUGAUAUUAAGUUUGGAGCUAGUUUUACAUGGUGGUCUCUGAGAUAUCUACCUUGUGUUACUACCUUCUGUUACUGAAGUUUCUCUGAACUGUAACUACACCUAAAUUAUACAGAAGAUCAAAGGUCACGCAAGCCAAUCCAACACCGAGGACACGGCUGUGAGUCUGUAGUGGACUGUUCUGAUACUGUGCAGUAGUAAGGUUGAGGACUGCAGUGACCCAGGCUGUGUAGACAGGGUGUCUGUCCUGUGGAGCUGGUUUGACUGGUUAUUGUUAAGUGCUGUUUGGACUCGGGACCUGCAUCUGCCGACAGCCAACUGGGGCCAGAAUAGGACCGUCAUGUUUCUCCUCUGCUGCUGGACAGAUCUGCUCACCAUUUUCUCUGCCACAGCUGUCAGCAGGAUGGAUGGAAACUCAAUGGCAGAGUGCCACCAUUUUAGGACUGUGAAGAGACAGACCAGUGCAGAUGUUAGAGGUGAAUGUGCCCCCCUAUUUAUACGCUCUCAUUAGAGGGACCCAGCCUCUUGGGGGCAAACCCCCCCCCCCCCCCCAUAUCUCAAUCUUAUAAUUCUGCAGAUUUAAAUGUUAUGUUCAGUGGGAAUAGAGAACAGGCCAAUAAAAACAUUUUCAGACUUUGAUCUUUUCUCACACAACCUUUUUACUCACUCCAAAUCAAAUUAACUCCAGCUUUGUGGAUAAAUGUUACUGGUGCGUUUUGAAUGAACCCGAGUGUUCAGUUUUUUUUAUUUGCAAUUGGAUGGAAUGUAUUAUGCUACACUAGACAGCUGGUUUAAGUUGAGAUCUUAAAGCCAGAGUUUUAAUAAAAUAAAGCACUUGUUUGGAUCCGGAGGACACUGAAGGGGCUUGACCCAAACCUGCCUUUUCGUUAACCCAGUGAGUGUCCAAAUAUAGGGGUUGUAUUUGCCAUAGCAGGUGAAAAAACUGUGCUUCCAACUUAUUUUUGUAAUGUGUUCCAAGAUCAAACUAUCUACCAGCAUGCAUCAGUAGCUCACUAGAGGUGAAAAUAAAUCCUCUACAUGCCAGCAUCCCCCAUAUUUAGGGCAGGGUGCAUUGAGUUGGGCUUUUCCCAUUGGCUGAGCCUGUUAGCCCGCUUGUGUCGCCUCCAAUGAGAGCCAGUGUCAGUGAUGCCUGUGUUGGAACCAGCUGUCACGUAUGCGGUUCAGUUUUUCCUUAUGUUCAUACUAGUGUUUCUGUAAGAUAAAGGCCCGGAUGGAGCUUAGUCCAUUGGUUUCACAAUAAAAGUUUAAAAUGAA